ACGAUGAUGCAUAAAAUCUCUAUUCUAUCUCUACACUUAUUAUUAGUACUCUGUCUCCAUCCUUUCACCACCACAGCCGACGGUAAUUUCACCACCGGCAUUGAUACGUGGUGCGAUCAAACUCCAUACCCUGAUCCAUGCAAUCACUACUUCCAACGCCACAACGGUGGUUUUCGCGUACCAACCCAUCUAUCCGAGUUCCGAGUAAUCUUGGUGGAAGCAGCCAUGGAUCGGGCCAUAUCCGCUCUGGACAAGCUGAAGCUGUCUGGUCUGAACUGUACUGACUGCCCGAAACAAGCCAUUUUGACAGACUGCAUUGACCUAUAUGGAGACACUGUCCUGCAGCUAAACAGGACGCUACAAGGCUUGCCUUCAAAAGCCACCGGAGAACCGUGCACGGACGUUGACGCUCAAACGUGGCUGAGCACCGCGCUUACAAACACAGAGACUUGCCGACGCGGCUCAUCCGAUCUUAACGUCUCAGAUUUCACCACACCAAUCGUUUCAAACACCAAGAUCUCCCACCUAAUAAGCAACUGCUUAGCCGUCAACGGAGCCCUCUUGACUACCGGAAACAAUGAUACCACCACCGCUGGUGAUCCGAAGGUUUUUCCAGCAUGGGUUUCCCGUAAAGAGAGGAGACUUCUGAAAUUGCCAUCGGCACUUACCGUCCCAGCCAACGUCGUGGUGGCCAAGGACGGAUCGGGACAUUUCAAGACUGUGCAAGCAGCUAUUGACCUGGCUGGACGGAGAAAGGUUACGUCAGGGAGGUAUGUGAUAUACGUGAAGAGAGGGAUAUAUCAAGAAAACAUAAACGUACGUCUCAAUAAUGAUAAUAUAAUGUUGGUCGGCGACGGAAUGAGAUACACCAUUAUCACCGGAGGUCGUAGUGUCAAAGGAGGCUACACGACUUACAGUUCUGCCACUGCCGGUAUCGAGGGACUUCACUUCAUAGCGAAGGGCAUAACAUUCCGGAACACAGCGGGUCCGGCUAACGGCCAGGCCGUGGCACUCCGGUCAUCUUCAGACCUCUCAAUCUUUUACAGAUGCGCAAUGGAAGGAUACCAAGACACACUGAUGGUCCAUUCGCAACGCCAAUUUUACCGCGAGUGCUACAUCUUCGGAACCAUCGAUUUCAUCUUUGGAAAUGCAGCCGUAGUUUUCCAAAACUGUAUCAUCCUCCCUCGUCGGCCACUACAUGGUCAAUCCAAUGUAAUAACCGCACAAGGUCGUGCUGAUCCUUUUCAAAACACAGGCAUCUCUAUCCAAAACUCAAUAAUCCAACCAGCUGCCGAUCUAAAACCUGUGGUUCGUAGCGUUAAGACGUACUUGGGCCGGCCUUGGAUGAAAUACUCCCGCACCGUGAUUCUUAAGACGUAUUUGGAUAGUUUUGUGAGUCCAGUUGGGUGGUCUCCGUGGAUUAAAGGUUCGACGUACGCCCUCGACACAUUGUUCUAUGCGGAAUAUAAGAAUAUUGGACCAGCUUCGUCCACGAGAUGGCGUGUCCGUUGGAAAGGUUUUCAUGUCCUAAAUAAAGCUUCUGAUGCUUCUGCUUUCACUGUUGGAAGAUUCAUCACAGGUACUGCAUGGCUCCCACGUACCGGCAUACCCUUCUCUUCCGGACUCUAAAGGCCC